GUUCUAUCAUCUGUGAUGGCGUCAGCUUUACCCAGAACCCUUGGGGAGUUGCAACUCUAUCGAAUAUUACAAAAAGCAAAUCUCUUAUUCUACUUCGAUGCCUUCAUUCAGCAGGGAGGUGAUGAUGUGCAGCAGCUAUGUGAAGCAGGCGAAGAGGAGUUCUUGGAGAUAAUGGCUCUUGUCGGCAUGGCUAGCAAGCCUCUUCAUGUCCGAAGACUGCAAAAGGCUUUGAGGGACUGGGUCACAAACCCUGGUCUUUUUAAUCAGCCUCUCACUUCCUUACCAGUCAGUAGCAUUCCAAUCUAUAAAUUACCAGAAGGGUCCCCUGCUUGGCUGGGAAUAUCCUGCCCUAGUUACGAAAGGAAUAGUAAUACCAGGGAGCCUCACUUGAAGAUUCCAAAAUGUGUUGCCACCACAUGCGUGCAAAGUGUGGGUGCGGGCAAAUCUGAUGUGGUAGGAAACUUACCGCUGCAGAGUGGCAAUGAACCAAGACUCUGGCAAGGUCACCACACUACAGAGAGCGAACACAGCCUUUCCCCUGCUGACCUUGGCUCUCCAGCUUCACCAAAGGACAACACUGAGACUCUAGAUGCUGCGGCUGCUCUGUCAGUUGCCGAAUGCGUGGAACGUAUGGUUCCCUCCCUGCCCAAAAGUGACUUGAAUGAGGUAAAGGAGUUACUGAAAACAAACAAGAAGCUGGCAAAGAUGAUUGGUCACAUUUUUGAGAUGAAUGACGAGGACCCUCGCAAAGAGGAGGAGAUUAGGAAAUACAGUGCAAUAUAUGGCAGAUUUGACUCAAAAAGAAAGGAUGGCAAACAUCUCACGCUCCACGAGCUAACAGUUAACGAAGCAGCCGCUCAGCUGUGUGUAAAAGAUAAUGCAUUGUUAACCAGGAGAGAUGAACUCUUUGCGCUGGCUCGGCAGAUCUCUCGAGAAGUUACAUACAAGUACACUUACAGGACCACCAAAUCUAAAUGUGGAGAUAGAGAUGAACUGUCACCGAAGAGAAUUAAGCUAGAGGAUGGUUUUCCUGAUUUCCAGGACACAGUCCAGACACUUUAUCAACAAGAGAAAGUACCACUUGCCUUGGCCAAAGGCAAAAGUGAAGAUUUGGCAGCUCUUAAUUCCCAGUCUGAAAAGGUGAUGGCAAAACAGAUGGAGUUUCUUUGUAACCAAGCAGGGUUAGAGAGACUACAACACUCAGAGAGACGCCUUUCCACAGGGUACUACAGACAAAGCUCAGAAGAGCACAGCCCCAAUGGCAUGACGUUAGAUAAUGCGGAUGGACAAGGUGAGAGGCCCCUGAAUCUCCGAAUGUCAAAUCUGCAAAAUAGACAGUUGCAACACAUUUCGCUAGAUGGAGAGCAGCACGUAGGAAAACCUCUGUGCAGUGACCUGAUCCGACUUUACUCCAGUGGUGAGGCAAAGUCUCAGCCCUCAGAAGGCCUUGGUAUUUUAAAAGACUUUCCUCACUCAGCUUUUAACAACAUAGAAAGGAAGGUCAUAAAAACAGAACCUGAAGAUACAAGAUAGUCAUCCUACUCUAGAAAAUGGCAUCAGAAUAAAGAAUAAAUCUUUAGAAGAGAAACAAACAAGCCUUAAUAACC